CUUGAUAUGAACGCUGACAACUCGAGGGUGCUUAGGUCGCGUACCUUGAGGCUUGCCUUUGACUAUCUUCCGCCAUGUCGAAACCUAUCCAUUUCCCUAUCCCUCCGCCUUCCAAGCCCUCAGUUCCCCCGCAUGUCGCUUCCUUGACAGAAAAGCAGUCUACUAUGUAUCAAACAGUAUACGGCUAUUUUGCCAAGCCUGACUACAACAUUCCGGGUCUUGAAGAAAACGCUGAACUCAUGGAGGAAGAGAAGUUCUGGCUGUCGCACGAAUGCAUUUUGAGGUACCUUCGCGCGUCCAAAUGGAAGACUGAAGUUGCAAUCCAUCGAAUAGAAGACACCCUGAAAUGGAGACGCAGCUAUGGUCUCUAUACUACUUUGACAUCGGAACAUGUUGAACCAGAAGCUUCAACGGGAAAACAAGUCAUCUUCGGCUUCACAGUCGAUGGGAAACCUGGCUACUAUAUGUUUCCCAGUCGGCAAAAUACCGAAGAGUCUCCACGCCAAAUUGAAUUCGUUGUCUGGAUUCUUGAAAGCUGUAUAGACAUGAUGCCAUCUGGUGUAGAAACCGUUGCCCUCUUUAUCAACUUUGCAGACAAAGCCAAGAGUCCUUCUUUGGGCACAGCAAGACAGUUCUUGAAUGUCCUCCAGAAUCACUAUCCAGAACGUCUCGGUGUGGCACUCAUUAUCAAUGUUCCUUUCUUACUCAAUGCCUUCUUCAAACUCGUUUCUCCCUUCAUUGAUCCCAUCACGAGAGAAAAGAUGAAGUUCAAUCCCGAUGUUGUUAAAGAUGGCAUCGUCGCCGCAGACAAUGUUAUGAAAGAGCAUUGGGGAGGCGACUGCGAAUUUGUCUACGAGCAUGAGAAGUAUUGGCCCGCGAUAGAUGCGAUGUGCAAGGAAAGGAAGAAGAAGCUCCUAGAAAAGUGGCGACAGUUGGGUGGGACAGUGGGUAUAAAGGAGGUCGAUUACAAGGCGGAUACAGAUCUAGUUAACGAGAAGACACCAGCCACGCAAGAUAUCGUCGCUGUCGUGGAUAAUAAGGUGAUGGUUGAAGUUGCCUAG